AUGUACACCAAGUUAGCGACUGUCGUUCUCGCCGUUGCUCAGGGCUUGGCAUUCGCCAACGCUCAGCAAGUGGGCAAAGAGCAAGCUGAGAACCACCCCAAGAUGACCUGGCAGAAGUGUACUGCCCCUGGCCGCUGCUCCAAUGUAAACGGAGAGGUCGUUCUUGACUCAAACUGGCGUUGGUUGCAUGAUAAGAACGGCUACACCAACUGCUACACUGGAAACUCGUGGAACGAGACGAUCUGUUCCGACGGCAAGAAGUGUGCCGAAAACUGCGCUCUAGAUGGCGCUGAGUACUCCAAAACAUAUGGAGUUACGACCAGCGGCAAUGCACUGACUCUCAAAUUCUCCACAACUCAUGAGUUUGGCACCAACAUUGGUUCCCGUAUGUAUUUGAUGGAGUCCGCCUCAAAGUAUCAAAUGUUCAAUUUGCUGGGUAACGAAUUCGCCUUCGAUGUUGAGCUCUCUUCUUUGGCUUGCGGCCUCAACGGCGCCCUAUACUUUGUGUCCAUGGACGCCGAUGGUGGCAUGAAGAAAUUCCCUAGUAACAAGGCAGGCGCCAAGUAUGGUACCGGUUAUUGCGACUCACAGUGCGCUCGUGACCUCAAGUUCAUCAACGGCAUCGCCAACGUCGAAGGUUGGAACACGGGUUCUGACGAGAACACUGGCAUUGGAAAACUCGGUGCCUGCUGCGCUGAAAUGGAUAUUUGGGAGGCGAACUCAAUCUCAACUGCCUUCACUCCUCACCCAUGCAGAAACAAUGAGUAUCACUCCUGCGAGGGAAUCAACUGUGGAGGUACCUACUCUGAGGAGCGCUACAACGGCGACUGCGAUCCUGACGGCUGCGAUUACAACCCUUACCGCCAUGGACACGUUGACUUCUACGGCAAAGGAGCCACCGUAGACACUUCCAAGAAGUUCACCGUCGUCACUCAGUUCCAUGGCUCUGGAUCUAACCUUGAAGAGAUCAGCAUGUACUUCAUUCAAAACGGCCAGAAGAUCGAGAUGCCAGAAUCCGUACACGUUCCAGGAUUUAAUUCUAUCUCAACUGAAUUCUGUGAUGCCGUCAAGGGCGUCUUUGGCGACAGCGGCAAGUUCCAGGAAGUUGGUGGGCUGCCUCAGAUGGCUGGUGCCUUAUCCAAGCCCAUGGUGCUUGUUAUGUCGCUUUGGGAUGAUGCUUUUGCCAACAUGCUUUGGCUUGAUUCCGCAUACCCUCUCGAUCGUGAUGAAUCCGAGCCUGGUGUUGCUCGUGGAUCGUGUGCUCGCGACUCUGGCAAGCCAGAUGACGUUCGUGCCAGUGCAAAGAAUGCAAAGGUCACGUUCUCCAACAUCAAGUUUGGACCUGUUGGUUCUACCUACUGA